AAGAAAUGACGAAAUAUCUCCCGGAUGAAUUAGCCAUUGAGAUACUAGUGAGGCUAUCGACGAAGGAUCUUGCUCGAUUCAAAUGCGUCAGCAAGACAUGGAGAGGUCUCAUCAACCACCGUGGAUUCAUAGAAUUGUACCAAAACAAUUCUCCGGCGAAGUUUGUGUCGUUUUACGACAAGGAUCUCUACAUGCUUGACGUGGAAAGCAAGCGUCCGGCUAUUACAAACCCUCUUAAACUCGAUUUCCCUUUGGAUCAGUCGAUGAUCGAUGAAUCCACAUGCGUGCUUCAUUGUGACGGGACGUUAUGUGUUACCUUAAAGAAUCACACUUUUAUGGUUUGGAAUCCAUCUUCGAAGCAAUUUAAGAUCUUACCAAAUCCCGGUAUAUACCCAGAUUCGAACAUUCUGGGUUUCGGUUAUGACCCGGUUCACGACGAUUACAAAGUCGUAAAGUUUAUCAACCGGCGUGAUGCUUCCACGGCGCAUGUUUUCGAAUUUAGAACCGGUUCUUGGAGAGAGAGCCUACGGAUUCCUAAUCCUGAUUGGUAUUACAGAGACAGAAGAGGUACACUAUUGGACCAAUACCUCUAUUGGAUUGCUUACCGGUCUAGUACUGACCGGUUUAUCCUAUGCUUUAAUCUCUCAACCCAUGAAUACCGAAAAUUCCCUCUUUCGGUUUACAACCAAGGCGUGACGUGUUCAUGGUUAGGCGUUACAAGCCAAAAACUCUGUAUCACAGAGUACGAAACGUGCAGGAAGGAGAUUAAGAUUUCGGUUAUGGAGAAAACCGGAUCAUCAUGGAACAAGAUUAUAAGCCUUUCAACCUCGAGUUUCAUCUCCGUACAUGAUCAUAUCUACGAUUAUCAAGUUGAAUUCGUGUCUUUUACUAAAAGGAACGAUCUCGUCGUAACGUUCACUGGAUACAAAGAUAAUUUCGAGAUGGAAACUGAAGAACGUACGAAGACGAAGGUGUUCUUAUACAAAACCGGAGACGAGAAAUUUGAACAAGUCCAGUUCUGUAACUCUCUAGCCGGGUUACGAUUUCUCUGUGAAUUUGUGGAGACUCCUAAGAUUACUAAUCGCAUAUUUACUUGAAAGUAAAAAAUAAAACUCAAUAAAUUAAUACUUUCACCAAAUACAUAACAUACACAUGUAAAAAAAAA